AUGCCUCAGAUCAACAUUCCAAAAGCUGGUAUUAACAUUGCAGGAUCUGGAGUUUCUGCACCUGAUUUAUCUGGACCAAAGAUGGACAUUGACAUAAAAAGCCCUAAAAUAAACAUUGAAGGGCCAAGUAUGAAACUGAAUGGAGCGGACAUCAAUAUUGAUGGUCUGAAACAAAAAGGUCCCAGUGUUAAUUUAGCUGCACCAAAAACCAAUAUUGAAUUUUCUGGUGCAAAGGUUGAAGGAGGUGUGAAGACAAAUGCACCAGAUUUCAGUCUAGGUAGUCUAAGUGCUGAUGUACCAAAUUCUGAAGUGAAGAUCCCUUCACCUAAUGUGAAACUUGAUGUAAAAGGCCCUACAAUAAAAGGAGGCAUUGGAAUGUCUGGUUUAAAAGGCGAUCUGAAAGAUCCAGAAUUUGAUGCCAAGGCAUCUGAAGUAAGUGCAGGUGACAGAGCAGAAAAAAUCGAAUUAGAUGUUGCAUUGGACAAAAUGAAAAUACCUAAAUUUAAGCAUUCUCAAUUUAAAAUAAAAAGCCCAAAUUUAGAAGAGACAGAAAUGGCAGCAGAUGCCAGAAUUCCUGAAAUUCAGCUACAUGCUUCAGCUGCACAAGGUCCAGGUGUCAAUAUUAAAGGACCACAGGCUAGUUUAAACCUGCCGGAAGGAGAGGUGGAAAGCUCAGGGGUCAAAAUAAAAAAGGGUAGAAUUAAAAUGCCCAAAUUUAAUUUCUCCAAGUCUAAAGGGAAGAGUAGUUUUGAAGGAUUGGAAGGGGAUUUCAGCGCAUCUGGACCAAAGACUGAUAUUAAGGGCUCCAAAGGAAGCCUGGGUUUUGGUGACAUUGAGGUGGAGACAUCAGAGAUGUCAAUAGCUGGGAAAGAUUCUAGUUUGGACAUUAACACCUCCCCAAAAGGGAAGUCAGGAACAUUAGAUUUCUCUUUAUUUAAAGGCAAAAAGUCAGAACGUCACAGAUCAUCGUCUCUGAGUGAUGAGCAAGAACUUUCACCUUCUUCACCCAAGGGCAGAUUAGAAUUUGGAGAAGGGGUUGCAGGUGCAAAAGGCAAAAAGUCUAAGUUGAAAUUUGGAACAUUUGGAGGCUUUGGGGCUAAAUCAAAGGGCUCCUACGAGGUCACUCUCAAUGAAGGUGAAGCAGCAGUAGAGGGCAGUGGAAUCUCUCUAGUUUCCAAAAAAUCCCGUAUAUCCUCCACUUCUAGCAGUGAUAGCGGAUCUAAAGCAGGAUUGCGCCUUCCUAAAGUAGAACUAAAUAUCAACAAAAACAAAGAAUAACUAUGUAAAUAUACCUGAGUUACUGUAAAUAGAAAUUAACUGCAUUACUUUUUACUGAUAAGCCAAGGCAUGGAGAUCCAUUAGACUUCAUCUCUAUCUCAUUUGCAGGUCAAAAAUAGGAUGGAAUAUUUAAAGUGUUGAGUUUCUUUUCCUUUAAUGCGAGGGAUAGAACCCUAAGUCAGACUUGACCUGCGGAUAUUUCAGUACACUUCUGUAUCAGCUAAAAAUCAAACUAAAGUUCUAUUACUGAGCUGAGAGCAAUAGCUUACUAGCAGGAAAAAAUAAAACCUAUUUUGAUACAUUUUCUAUGUAGCAGUUUAUUAUUUUCAUAUAUUGGCAAAAUGGAGGUGUUAAGACAUUUAAUCACUGGUGCUCUCUCUGGCUUACUUUAUACAAUGGAGUUGCAGCUAAUGUAUGAGAGGUUUUACUGAAGUUUGAUUUCUUAAGAAAACAUACAGAGGAAGUGGUAGAGGAAGAGUUUAAGCUGUUUUUAGACAAAUACAUGAUACCCUACCCACACAAGGUGAAAUCUGGCAAAAUAAACUCAAUUUAUCGUGUCAUAAAUGAUUAUCAGAAUUCAGUAACAAUCAGUUUGGCCUGUAUCUUUUCUCUGUUAGUAGGAGAUGCAAUAAACAAACAAAAUUCUGUUCUGGGAGGCUUAAAUUCUUCAACUUUGUAAAUGUGUAAGUGUGGUCUGUGGAACUGGUUAGGGCGUAUUUCUACUGUGAAUUAGUACAUUAUCACCACCACCAUCGCUUCCCUAACCCACGCCACUCAUUUGUGGUGAUGAUGCUGCUGCUGUUGUAAUAAUCUUUUAUUCCCAUGUCCUUCUUCCACAAGAGUGAAUGAAAUUAGAAAACUACUCACUACUUAACAAUACGCAAAAUCAUAUAUCCAGUUUGGCUGCAUGUUAAAUUUCCCAUCUCCUCCCAGUCUUCUCAAAGCCACUCUACCUUCUAUCCCUAUAAUCCAGUGUGGCUCAGCUGAGAAGUGCACUGCCUCAUGUGAAACACAGCCUUGUGGAUGUUCAAGAUCUUAGAUUGGAUUGACCAGUCUGAGCCAAAUUAGCUGAUCAUGUAGGUGUGCUGAUGCAGGAGUCUGGAAUGUUCAAUUUCCUUGCAUUGUGAAGCACAAUAUGAGAGCAUAUCUUCCCUGCAUGCAUAAUGAAGUCUCACAGUAAAGCAACGCCUUGCUGAGUUCACAGAAAGCACCUAUUAUCCUUGUAACAUAAUAAGCAAUUUUCUUUUGUUAUGAAUGGCGAGAAUUGUGACUUUGCCAGAUUUUUUUCUUAUCAUUUCAUUGUUUCACUCAAAAAUGUUAAUAGAACUCUUCAUAAUUCUGUCUGCACUCUUGCGGCAAACAGUAGACGACGGGAAUGUAAGACAAGCGCGUACCUUGUAAAAAUCAAAUAAAUCGUUCAUUACCCUGAAA